AUCCCACCUGUGAUGACGGUUUACUGUCGCAGCAGUCGACCUCUCUGCUUACAGACAACAUCCGAUGUGCUGCGGCUGCAACUACGGUUUACAAAUGCAGUGCAGCUGUAGCUCUUCAGCAGGACACCUUUCAUCGCCCUACUGGAGUAGAACAGUGCUCUUCCCAGACUGGGCCUACAAACCAGCCUGGUCGCCCGGCUCCAGACAGGUCCAGCUGUGGCACUUCCUGCUGGAGCUGCUGGGGCGGGGCGAGGGCGGGGCCAUCGGCUGGGGAGGGGAGUGGGGCGAGUUCGUCAUCCGGGACCCCGAGAGGCUGGCCAGGCUGUGGGGGGAGAGGAAGGGCAAACCACACAUGAACUACGACAAGCUCAGCCGGGCGCUGAGAUACUACUACAACAAACGCAUCCUGCACAAGACCAAAGGGAAGAGAUUCACCUACAAGUUCAACUUCAGCAAACUGAUCCUGGUCAACUAUCCGGGAUACCCACCUCCACCUGUACCUCCAGCACCACCACCACCACCCAGCCAUCAGCUGUUGCAGAGCGGCCCCCUCCCCUUCCAUCUCCCCCCCGCCGAGAGUGGUCUUCCUCUGUGUGGAGGAGCAGGCGGAGGUAAGAAGCGCACCCCGGUCCAUGUGCCUCACCCCUUCUUGCUCCCGUGCUGCCUCCCUAAGCUCCUCCCGACGCCCCGGGCUCUCCACGGUCACUUCCCCUUCAUCUACGGCCCUGCACGUCAGGGGGCCAACCUGGGGGACUCCGUCCUCCCACCCAUCCCCUUGGCCCUCCACGUGAGCGCCAGCGGCUGGCCACACAAGAGCCCCGCGGGGUGGGAUCUGAACCACAUCAGUCGAAACAUGUUCGGGGGAGUGAAACAGACUGAAAUUCACGAAGAGGAGAGGAAAGCGGGAGAUUUUGCACAGACGGGGGAAAGGGAGUGAGGAAGAGGAACAAACUACAACAGAUGGACUGCUUUGCCUCCUCAAAUAUCUCAAAUACACACUUCUUUUGUCCGUGUUUUUAGCUCAUUGUACUUUAGUUUGUUAUUCAUUUUAUUUAUUAAGUUAGGCCAUGAUGUGUGUGUUUAUGUUUUUCAUAGAAAUACUGAGGAAGCUACUUUUUCUUCUGUCAGCACUUCAAGCCACUGUCAGGGAAUUGCACUUGUAAACAAUUAACAACAUGGUACUUGCAUUUGAGUAAAUAAAGCAGUACACUUAACUUCAAUUAUUCAGCAGCUUUUCCUGCAUUCUCCCUCUGACUCCACGGAAGUAACAGGAGCUGCAUGAAUGAUGCAUUCAAACAGACGAUGUGACAUUUUCAUGAAAGGAGCUUUUCAUGUCUUCUUUGCAGCAUCAGGACCAGCCAGCGGUGUCUGCGGGUACCACUCCGACACAGCAGGGGGCAGUAGCGUCUUUUGGACUCCCACAAACAUUUUUUUCCCGGGAGAGAGUCGGAGCAGAGAUGUCUCAGAGAGUAAGAUGUGGCACUCUGUAGAUAUUUUCCAGGUACACUAAAUCCAAAUCAGAAUGCUGUGAAAACUGCAAGAUACACAUCAAACGUAUUAU